CAAGACCUGUUGCUGCUCAGCAAUGCCCUCAAGGGGCCCCACCCCUGGCCCGUAUAAAGCAGGGUGCAGUGGGAGCCGCAGCUGGAACUCCGCCCCCAGCACCAGCACCGGCACCGGCACUGGCACCUGGCACGCACCAUGGCAAAUGAAGUGCAAGUCCUGCUCUCCCCGCUGAAAGGAGGGCAUCCUCCUGCAGUAAAAGCUGGAGGAAUGCGAAUUUCCAAAAAACAAGAAAUUGGAGUCUUGGAGAGACCUACCAAAAAAACGGGAUUAGAGAAAACAAGUGCCAUUGGAAGUGUUGCCAAGAUACAGACAAUGGAUGCCCUGAAUGACACACUGGAGAAGACUUUAGCAGUCCAGUUCACAGAGGAUCCUGAGGCCCCAGGACUGACUUCAUCCCCCAGGCAUUCCAAUCUGUGACUCUCCUCUUCUGGGAGGCACUCAGCAGUAAGUUUCCAGCAGCAGUGCACAUGGCACAUCAAAAACCUAGACCUGCCCUGGAGAAGGUCACACCACUAAAAAGGAUCUACAUUAUUCAGCAACCUCGAAAAUGUUAAGCUAGGACAUGAAACCCAGUCAUCUGGCCCACUGCCUCGAACAUCUGACAGCUUAGCAGAAAGGACCAAAACUUUCCAUAGGUUUUAGAGUGCUUAAUUGGUAAAUAAAACAGCUUUUGUAUCUUCCCUUUUGACUAUAGAUAAUAAAGCAUCCUUGGUUGUAAA